AUCAUAUGCUGUCCAAAUGCCGCUCAUCUUCAAUCCCCACCGUCCAUUUCAAACGGCAGUUGUCCUUCCCGCCAAUACUUUCCACAGCUCAAUCCAGCCAAAAUGCUCAAAAAAACGACUCAUCUCUCCCUCUGAGUGGACUCAGAGCCAAAAUGCCUAUUUCUGAGGCAACCCAUUUCAGCGAUCCUCACUCGGCCCAUUCUUUCUGCUCCAAUGCCCUCAAAGUCUCAGCCAGAAUGGGAUUUCUUCCCCAAGGAAAACAACUGCAUGCACAUGUGAUAGAGUUGGGAUUGUAUAAUGUAUUGUCCUUGCAAAACCAGAUUUUGAAUGUUUAUGUUAGAUGCAAGGAGUUUCAUGGUGCACAGAGACUGUUCGAUGAUAUGCGUGUGAGAAACGUGGUGUCAUGGAAUACUAUUAUUUGUGGUGUUGUUGACUUUAGUAGUAAUAAUAGGUCGAACCUUUAUCUGGGUAUUUCUUAUUUUAGGAGAAUGCUGUUGGAAAUGGUAUGGCCAGAUGAUAUAACUUUUAACGGAUUGUUUCGUGCAUGCAUUGAGUUGGAUGAUGUUGUGAUUGGUAAAGAACUGCAUUGUUUUAUAGUGAAAGUGGGGUUUGACUUGAAUAGUUUUGUUGGUAGUGCUCUUGUCAAGUUGUAUGCAACAUGUGGCUUUGUGGAAGAUGCUAGACGGGCUUUUGAUGGCAUUUUGUCUAGAGAUUUGGUUUUGUGGAAUGUGAUGGUAUCUUGCUAUGUUUCGAAUUGUUUGGCCAAAGAGGCUUUUGGGGUCUUCAAUUUGAUUCAGUUGAAAGGUGUGAAGGGGGAUGAGUUUACAUUCAGUAGCCUGCUGAGUUUGUGUGGUACGUUGGAAUCUUGUAAUUUGGGAAAGCAAAUCCAUGGCCUUAUUGUAAGAAACUCUUUUGAUUUAGAUGUUCAAGUGGUGAGUGCACUUGUUGAUAUGUAUGCAAAUAGUCAAAGUAUCAAUGAUGCUCACAAGGCUUUUGAUGGGAUGAACAUUAGAAAUGUUGUGUCUUGGAAUACUAUGAUAGUGGCUUACGGACAGCAUGGAAAUGGGAAGGAAGCUAUGAAACUUCUGAAGAAAAUGCUUGAAGCAGGUUUCUAUCCUGAUGAAUUAACUCUUGCUAGCAUCCUUAGCUCAUGUGGCAACUUGUCUGCCACUAGUGAAAUUAUGCAAGCUCAUGCUUGUACUAUUAAGCUAGGGCUUCAAGUCUUUUUAUCUAUAUCCAAUUCUCUGAUAAAUGCAUACUCCAAAUGUGGUAGCAUCCUUGGUGCAUAUCAAUGCUUCAGCUCUGUUUUAGAGCCUGAUCUUGUUACAUGGACUUCAGUUGUAUGCGCAUAUGCAUUCCAUGGUCUUACCAAAGAAGCCACUGAGUUAUUUGAGAAGAUGUUAUCUUAUGGCAUUAGGCCAGAUCCAAUAAUUUUUCUUGGGGUUCUUUCUGCCUGUAACCAUGGGGGGCUAGUAAAGAAGGGUCUGCAUUACUUCAAUUUGAUGACCAGUUUCUACCAAAUUGUACCAGACUCGGAGCAUUACGCCUGUCUUAUAGAUCUUCUUGGGCGCUUUGGUCUUUUGGAUGAGGCAUUUGAUGUUUUGACCUCAAUGCCAAUAGAACCUGGGUCAAACAGCUUAGGAGCAUUCAUUGGAGCAUGUAAAGUCCAUAAAAAUCUUAGAUUAGCAAAAUGGGCUGCAGAAAAGUUAUUUGCAUUAGAGCCUAACAAUCCUGUGAAUUAUACUCUGAUGUCUAACUUGUAUGCUUCUGAAAGGCUUUGGCAUGAUGUGGCAAGAGUACGCAAAAUGAUGAGGAACAGGUGUGACUCUAAAGUUCCAGGUUAUAGUUGGAUACAGAUUUCUAGCAAUGUUCAUACCUUUGUGUCAAGUGAUAAAUCUCACCCACAAGCCUUACAGGUUUAUGUUAUAUUAGGAACAUUGCUUAGGUUGAUGAAAGAGGACAAUCAUAUUUUCAAUGUAAACACUAUGUCUGACAGUUUUCUAGUCGAUUGUGCACUGAACUUCCCUGGCUGAUCCAGAAUUUUUUUCA